UCUAUCUAGACUCCAACAAAUUGGUCAUUUGGUGAGCUAUCCUCUGAUAAUCUCCUCGCAGACAGGCAAUCAUGGCGGAACAACGGGUCAACGUCCAUAUCCCCUCCCCUCCCCCCGUCCUCGAUAGCGUCCAGCUCCGCAACAUCCAGCUGCCCCUGCCCGUGGCCCCAGACCCAUGGCAUCGGUUCGGGAAGUCCCAGCCCUGCACUGCCUCUCUCAAGCUAUCCUACUCCUCCGCCAUUGCGGCAGCCGCCGCGGAUGAUGUAUCCCUAUCGCUGGACUACGGCAAGCUGUACCGUCGCCUAGAGGAAGACAUCCGUCUCAUGGGUACGAAUCACGAACACCCCGGGGGGAAGAUGAUCAAUGUGAACGGGACGCGACGGGAGGAGAUGCUGAGUCAAGAGCUGGGACAGGAUGUCCGGUUGACGGCGGGGAUUGUGGCCAAUUGCGGUCUGGGGUUGCUGGAUGAGACGGCCGCCGGGGUCCGGAGGAUGUCGCAUGUGCAUCAGCAUGGUGGGCGGAGGCCCAGUCAUUCGGCGGGCCAGCUGGACGCUGAAUUGGCGUCCUCCCUCACAUCGUCGGAUACCUCGAUCAACGGGUCGUUCGGUCAAUGCGAGGUCUGGCUGCAUCUACCCAAGGCGCUGCUGCGCGCCGAGGAGGGGCUCCGGUACCGCAGCGUCACCAUGUGGGGAUAUCGCGAAGGAGUCAUGGGUCUCGAGUCAGAACGCUGCCCGGUGGUGCUGGAGGAGGAAUUCCGCAUUGACGGAAUCAGGUGUCACUGCAUCCUGGGGGUUAACUCCCACGAGAGGGUGGAGAAACAGGCGGUAAUCAUCUCGUUGGAGUUCAAGGGGCCUGGCCAGUUGGCGUGGGGAUCCACGGUGGUGAACACCUGCCAGGACAUGACACGGGCGGUUGCCGAGCGAGUCGAGGGAACGUCGUACCAGACGGUCGAAGCGCUCGCGACUUUCGUUGCCCAUAUCGUGACGGUUGACUACGGGAAUGAGCGCGUCACGGUCAAGGUGGAAAAGCCCAGCGCGUUGGCCUUUGUGGAGAGAUCCGGCGUCGAGGUGACGCGAUCCCAGGCCUUUUUCGUGCGGCCGGAUGGGAAUGCGGUGUGAUCUGAUUGUUGUCGUUCGAUCCGAACCUCGCAAGUGGAUCAGGGACCUGCGAUAAUAACAAUCGUCGGGCCUCGCUGUCGAGACUUCUUGCCGCUCAUCCGGUAUGGACCACGCGUCUCUUGGUGAUUGCAUCCAGCACUCCACCGUGUCGGCCAGUACAUCACUCGUGCGCGUCUGCCAUAUCUGCACCUGGUUCGUGGAACAGAAGCGACUGAUCUGUCUUCGUGGUGGGCGAU